CGCCCUUUUCUUCCUCAACCAACCAUCUCUUCAUCCUCUGUUUCCCUCUUUCGUCUCAUCCCUAGCCUCCGCCCUAAUCACAAAUUAGAAAAAAAAAAAAAAAGAGGAAAAAAAUGCCAUCCCUCCCCCUCCAAGAAGAGCCACUGCUGGCCCCAAACCCAGAUCGAUUCUGCAUGUUCCCCAUUCAGUACCCUCAGAUUUGGGAAAUGUACAAGAAAGCCGAGGCCUCCUUCUGGACCGCCGAGGAGGUGGACCUCUCUCAGGACCUCCGCGACUGGGAUUACACCCUCACCCCGGGCGACCGCCACUUCAUCACUCACGUCCUCGCCUUCUUCGCCGCCUCCGACGGCAUCGUCCUCGAGAACCUCGCCGGCCGCUUCAUGAAGGAAGUCCAGGUUUCCGAGGCCCGCGCCUUCUACGGCUUCCAGAUCGCCAUCGAGAACAUCCACUCCGAAAUGUACAGCCUCCUCCUGGAGUCCUACAUCAAGGACUCCGACGAGAAGCACCGGCUCUUCCACGCCAUCGACACCAUCCCCUGCGUGGAGAAGAAGGCCAAGUGGGCCCUCCGCUGGAUCGACGGCUCCGAGUCCUUCGCGGAGCGCCUGGUGGCCUUCGCCUGCGUGGAGGGGAUAUUCUUCUCGGGGAGCUUUUGCGCCAUAUUCUGGGUGAAGAAGCGGGGGCUGAUGCCGGGCUUGACCUUCUCCAACGAGCUGAUCUCGCGGGACGAGGGGCUGCACUGCGACUUCGCGUGCCUGCUGUACGGGCUGCUGAGGGCGAAGCUGAGCGAGGAGAGGGUGAGGGGAAUCGUGGCGGAGGCGGUGGAGAUAGAGAGGGAGUUCGUGUGCGAGGCGCUGCCCUGCGCGCUGGUGGGGAUGAAUGGGGAUUUGAUGAGCCAGUACAUCGAAUUCGUGGCGGAUAGGUUGUUGGGGGCGCUGGGAUGCGGGAAGGUGUACAAUGUGCAGAACCCGUUCGAUUGGAUGGAGCUGAUCAGCCUGCAGGGGAAGACCAAUUUCUUUGAGAAGAGGGUCGGGGAAUAUCAGAAGGCGUCCGUCAUGUCCAGUUUGAACGGAAAUGGAGUCGCCCACCAUGUCUUUAAGUUGGACGAGGAUUUCUGAGAACCACCCCCCUCCUCUUUCUUCUCUCUCUCACUCUGUUUCAAUUUUUUCAUCAUAGAUUAUUAAUUCCUUCUUUUUACUCUGUUCACUUAUCGUCAUGUGUUUUUAGUUUUUGAUUACUUGCUUACUACUGCUGCUACUACUAGUUUAAUACGGCUACUGGAUUUUGGUUAGAACUCCCAAAAUAAGAACAAAAAUACGGAAACAAAAAAGGCUGGGCUCCCUUUUUUUUUAAAAAAAAAAAAAAAAAAAAUUGGCUUAGGUUCAACUUCACAUAAUGUAAUAUUGGCAGUAGGUUGAAAUUUGUGAUGCUCGGUGGUUCUUCUAACACCUGCGUUGUAAGUAAAGUUUCCUUUAGUAUAUUACUAAUUACUACUUUCUGCUCGCUUUGUUUCGAUUUCUUUUUUGCAUUGACAGCCGCCUUUUCUGUGCGAAUUCGUUUUGAGGCGGAGCGUUGACUG